AUGCGGUGGACUCAGGAGAACGAAAACAUUCUGUGGAAGACCCUCUUUACCACCCAGAAGCUCAACAUUGAUCUCGACAAGCUUGCGAGCAACUGGCCGGGCGAUGAAAAGCCCACUCCCAAGGCCCUGAAGGAGCACCUGUCCAAGUAUCGUAAGGGUGCCACGGGUGACUCAAUGCGCCGCAAUACCGCCAAGGCGCCCAUCGACGACGAGGCGGAUGUCCCUGAGAAUGACAAUGGAGCCAGCGAGGUUCAGAUCAAGCCUGAUCCUGAGUUGGAGGAUGUCGCCAAUCAGAGAGAGUACGCUAGCGAGACCCUUGUCAAGGAAGAAGUCAUGAAUGACUACUGA